AUGUCGGCUUUGCCCACGUCCAGUGGGGAUGUCAUCUUGUUCAGAUCGCGGGACGGUGACAGUGCAACCGACAGCGAUCCAUAUGAGGACUCGCUAAAGAGCUGUGGUUAUUCUCCCUGGUUUGUUCCUGUACUGCAGCAUUCGCCCGUCAAUGGAGGGGUGUUGAGGCAGCUUCUUCUUGACGGCCCGCAGCACCGAUUCGGAGCCGUCAUCGUAACUAGUGGCAGGGCUGCGGAACGGUGGCUCGAAUGUGCUGCAAUCCUUGACGCAAACGGCUCAAAAUCCGCAGAAUCCGUGGUCUGUUGGUCCGAUCUGCCUUUCUAUGUGAUUGGUGUGCGAACAGAGAGCCUCCUAAAGCACAAACAUAUUCUUCCCUUCACUUCUUCGUUCAUUCCAAAGCUAACUUUGGGCGCAGAGUCUGGCACCGGGUCCAAAUUGGCCGAGUUCAUCAUUCAUGAUUAUCCUUCUCGAUCUCAGCUUUCGCGAUGCGUGUCACUGCCUCUGUUGUAUCUUGUUGGCGAUAAGACAACAGGGGAGCUCGCCUCACAUUUAAAAUCCGCGGGCCUCCAUGCGCAUCCUCUCCAGGUAUAUCAAACAUGGGCUCGCAAUGAUUUUGACGAAGACAUUCGUAUUAUCAUGAAAUCUGGGGAAUCCAGUGAGACUCCCAACGACAACAGCGCCGAUCGCACUCACUGCUGUGAGGUUCCAAAAUGGAUUGUUUUCUUCGCUCCUUCCUCCGCCCGCGCUGUGUUACCCACGUUGAGGCAAUACUUCAAGCUUCACGAGUUGGGAGAUGAAGCACAGGAGCGUCGGUCACAUGUUCGUGUUGCAGCUAUUGGCUCCACAACUGCAUCGUACUUGAAAACCGUAGAAUCUCUCGCCGUUCAUGUCAUCCCGUCAAACCCGAGAGCGCAAGAUCUCGUAGAAGCGAUCUCGGCUUACAACCGGAAUCAUUAG